AUGGGGAUCGCUGCAGACUUCGCCAAGGAUAUGUCUCCCAACAAGGUGAACCUUUGCAUUGGAGUCUACCGUGAUGAGCAGAACAAGCCCUUCGUGCUGGAGUCUGUGCGCAAGGCGAUGGCACAUAUUGUGGAGCGCGACACGCAGAUGGACUACGCCCCCAUCGCGGGUCUACCGUCCUUCGUAAACAGCGUGCAGCGACUGUGCUUUGGAAAACCCAUGCUAGACGUCCAAGGCGACCGCAUCGCCUCGGCACAGGCUCUUAGUGGCACCGGCGCCCUGCACCUCGGCGUGCAGCUGCUGCAGUGCUCUUCUGGUGGCUCCGGCCCUGCGACGGUGCACAUACCGAGCCCCUCCUACCCCAAUCACCUUAAUAUCCUGAAGCAUCUGAACGUUGAGGUCGCCUACUACCCGUACUACAAUCUUCAGAUGCAUCGCUUAAACAUCGAUGCAAUGCUAAACUAUCUGCGCCAGCUGCCCGCCGACUCCGUCGUCCUGCUGCAUGCCUGUGCGCACAACCCGACGGGGUGCGACCCCACCCCCGAGGAAUGGCAGCAGAUUGUAGACGUUAUCCGCCGAGGAGAUCUCAUUCCAUUCGUUGACAUGGCAUACCAGGGGUUCGCGACGGGCAACAUAGAGCGCGACGCCUACGUCCUGCGCGUGUUGAAUCAGCAAGAGGUCCCCACGUACUUGGUGGCCCAGUCCUUGGCGAAGAGCUUUGGCCUCUACGGGCACCGCACUGGUGCCCUGCACAUCCGAUGCACCACACAGAAGGAGAAAGCGAAUGUCCUGUCGCAGCUGCAGUCGAUGAUUCGUGCCACGUACAGCAACCCCCCCAUCUUUGGUGCUCGCAUCGCAGACGAGAUUCUGCGGACCCCGCAGCUGCGCGAGCUGUGGAAGUCAGAGCUGAAACAGAUGUCGAACCGACUGCAGGAUGUGCGGCACCGUCUCGUGGCCCAGCUGCGUGCCUGUGACUCGACGCGGGACUGGGAGUAUCUCGAGAAUGGCGUGGGAAUGAUGUCGCUGAUGGGGUUGACGGAGGAGCAGGUGAUGGCGCUGCGGCAGAAGUACAGCGUCUAUCUGACAGGCAACGGUCGCAUCGCGUUUUCUGGACUGAGCGCUGAAAAUGUUGCCUACGUCGCCCAGGCCAUCUACGACGUGUCCCGGUAG